AAUGAGCCAAGACAUUUUAAUUUCACCUUAAUGACUAUAUAUCCCAAUAGCAAUUCACAAAACAAAUAAACCACCUUUUGCUUUCAAAAAAAAAAAGCAUCAUCAUGGGAAGAGGAACAACAACAACCAACUCCCUGUUUUUUUCGUCACUACUCUUAUUACUAUCUUCUCUCUUGUUCCAAAACGGCGUCGUUUACGCUCAAGAAAAGAUAGCAUCGUCAGAGGAAGAAGCAUUGGGCUUAUUUCAAGAAAGGGAGACACUUGAAAUCAUCAUAGGAGGUGGAAGUACACCUUCCCCUUCCCCUUCCCCUGCACCUACUCCACCCGAUUAUACGCCAUGCCCUCCGCCACCGAAACCGCUGAGCCGCUUGGACAAAGCGCGAAAAGUGCUCCUCAACUUCACCAACUACAUCGUAGACCCAAAUCGUUUCACCAGUAACUGGUGCACGCAGACAUUUAACACGUGCAAUUUCAACGGAAUUCGGUGCGCCACAUACCCAGGCUCAAACGAACCUGCAGUUGCAGGGUUAGACCUCAACCAAGCCGGAAUCUAUGGCCGCAACAACAAACCUCUUUCCCUCUCUGGAAUCUUGGACAGAAUUCCAGAACUCACAUUCUUCCAUGUUAACUCCAACAACUUCUCCGGUUCCGUACCAAAGGAAAUUAUCAGUUACGGCUUUUUCUUCGAGCUUGAUCUUAGCAACAACAAGCUUCGUGGUCAGUUUCCAAUGGAAACGCUUAAGAACAAGAACCUAGUGUUCUUGGACCUCAGGUUCAACAACCUCAUCGGCCCGAUUCCAUGGCAACUAUUCGAAAUGGAUCUCGACGUGAUUUUCAUCAACAACAACAAGUUCAACCAGUUCCUCCCCCAGAAUUUCGGAAAUACCCCCGCAAGGUACCUGACCUUUGCCAACAAUCAAUUAUGCGGUCCCAUACCAAGGAGCAUCGGCAAGGCAGCCAACACUCUGACGGAGGUGCUCUUCCUUGGGAACAGGUUUGAUGGCUGCUUGCCGUACGAAAUCGGAAACCUAAAGAAAGCAGUUGUGUUUGAUGUGAGCAUGAACCAAUUAACAGGUCCAAUACCGUACUCGUUUGGUUGCUUGAGGCAGAUUCAAUUCUUGAAUCUUGCGAAAAACAAAUUCUACGGUGCGGUUCCGGAGAACGUUUGCAAGCUUCCGGGGCUGAUUAAUAACGGAAACUUGACCCUGUCAAACAACUACUUCACAGAGGUUGGUCCUGAAUGCAGGAAAUUGAUAAAGUCAAGGGUUUUGGAUUUGACCAAUAACUGUAUUCCGGGUUUACCGAACCAGAGGCCGCAAAAAGAGUGUUGGGAGUUUCUUCAUAGUGUGAAGCCUUGUCCCAAUGAGAAGUAUCUUUUGAGUUAUGCACCUUGUGCGGGAUGGAAGGAAACUGAGAACACGGAGGAGGUGGCAGCGGCGCCGGAGCCUGUUACUUAUAACGCGCUCAAACCGCACCGGUUGAGACUUUGAUUGUGUCGUAAUCUGAGUCAUAAUGGGGUGCGGGGACUCUUGUGAUUUUUUUGAAUUUGACCAUGAUAAUGAUUGAUUAUGCGUUUUUUUUUUGUAAGUGAUUAUGCUUCUUUUUAAUUUGCACAUAUAGUUUCUUUAAUAAUUAGCGUCCUACACUCCUACUUUUGUGUCGGUAUGUGUUUAUAGUUUCAAUUGUUGAAUAAGAAAUGUAAUCCAUUCAGAUAUCUACAAUGUAAUUUUCCUAAUUAUUCCAAUAAAUAUAAUCAUAUCUUAUUGAUAGCAUAA